AUGAGGUUACAACUGUUAAUCUUCGUGUUGUUUGCCAAUCUAGUCAUUUCGCGAAAACACUACAAAGGAAGAAAGUACGAUUUGACACUGUUCGUUCGGAAUCAUAAUGUCUCCGAUGCGACGUUCUUCCGACUGGUUGGUGUCGACAACACGGCGGAUUUCAAUGUUUCAGCUGGAAACACUUUUGAGCACACUUUUGAGGUGAGACGGAAAGGAUUCUGGACCCUGUUUGUCGAGUUUCCAGGAGAUCGUUAUGCGAAGUCACCAAGAAAGAUAAUCUCCCGUGACUCGUACCCCCCGAAAUCGGUCAGCGCUAACACGGAAUUCGUGCAUUUGCGCGUCACCAUUCAAGCGAGUGUUUGCGUACGCAGAAUUUCAUUUUACGACGAAUUUUUUGAAUUUGCGCGUCACAAAAUACUGCGUACGCAAACACUCUCUGGCUCAUUGACGCGCAAAUGCACCGAUCGAAAUGGAAGCCUUAUUUUCAAUCAUCGUAUUCAGAAUCCUUCUAAUUUGUAUUUGUAUUUGUACAAAUAG